GCACCGCGCCUGUCCGCGAAUCGCGAGGGUGUCUGCGGAGGCGGAGCUCUCAGGUCUUCUCGCAUGGCUCCAUCGGCGACCUCUCCUCCUGGAACAAUAACCGCCACGACCAAGCCUUGCUCGCCUUACUCGCCUCUGCCCUGAACGGUUGAUCUCCGCGGUUUCUGAAAGGCGCAGACAAAUUUCAAACCAGUUUACCAGUUAUAGUCGCGUACCUUCAACCCCUAAAAAUAUUACCAAUAACACCCGCGAUUUUUCAGCUCAAUAAGACUAGUAUUAUGCCAGUUUUGUUUAAUUCAACUAUUCCUCUUGUAUCUCCUCAUCAAGAAUUCUUCGCGAUUUUGUAAACGGUUUCUAUCUCCUUAUCGCCCUACAAAAAAUUCAUCGAUACCGUGGAACAGUUUUCUGCACUCUACUCUUCACUCGACGGGAUAUAUUGACGACGAUUUGUGGGAAUAUGGCGUUCGCACGUGUCAACGACAUCCAACGAAUCUGAUCACCCCUUUUUGGAUAAGCUGUUCAGCACGAAGUGGAUGGCCUUACUGGAAACUUCAGGUCUAGCUAUGGGAGCAAUGGCGAUUUGUGCGGCUUGUGGUCGUGGUAUCGCUGACCGUUACGUGAUGAGAGUAGUCGAUAGGAGUUACCACGAGGACUGUCUUUCCUGUGCCGCCUGCGCAUCACCUUUGGCCAUCUCGUGUUUCACAAGAGAUCACAAACUUUACUGCAGGGCGGAUUACGACAGAAUUUAUGGACACAAAUGUCUGGGUUGUGGUCUCACAGUGGCUCCGGAAGAAUUGGUGAUGAGGGCCGGAGAGGAGGGAGCUUUUCACCUGAGAUGUUUCGUCUGCGUAGUUUGCGGAUCUCGACUCCAGAAAGGCGAUCAGUUCGUUCUGAAGCAGGGCCAGCUUUUCUGCAGAGCCGAUUACGAAAAGGAAGUUGAAAUGAUGCAAGGAUACACGCAAUUGGGGGAAUUCGGGUCCGAUGAACUAGCUACAAUUGCGAGAUCACACGAUGGAAGACGCGGACCUAAACGUCCGAGAACUAUUCUGACCACACAACAGAGGAGAGCUUUUAAAGCGUCCUUUGAAGUCAGUCCGAAACCUUGUCGCAAAGUGCGCGAAAAUUUGGCAAAAGAAACUGGCCUCAGUGUGAGAAUAGUACAGGUCUGGUUCCAAAAUCAGAGAGCGAAGAUAAAGAAGAUACAAAAAAAACAGCGACAAGAGGGAAAAACGGACAAGGAAAUGGAUGCGGCGAACAAGAAAAUUACGAAAGAAGAAGAACACAACAGUUGCAGUGACGUUGAGACGAGCACGGCUGAAUACCUCAGGGCUUCGGAAGACCAUUUCGUACCCGUGAAAGAAGAAGUCGACCCCGAUGACGUUUUUUUCAAUCAACAACACCAUCCCGAAUAUCCAGGUGUGGAUGAAAAGGUGAACCACCUUAGGCUUAUGCCGUACGCGACAAUGCCCACAUACCAUUCCACCAAUGCACCCGAAAGGGGUUUGUCUUAUUCCUCGCCACUCCAGGGGGGCCAGGGUGUCGGGCUUAAUCCCAUCGACAGACUCUAUUCGAUGCACACGAGCUACUUUUGUGAGGAGGAGAACGCCAUCGCGGAAUAAAUGAUUUUUGGAGGUGCACGACGCCAACGCAGCGAGGACAACGAAACUCUUUGAAAGAGAAAUAAACAUGUGAAAUAUGAAACAAACGCUUUGUAUAAUA